AAUGUGAUUACGUUCAGUAUUAAAAUUGUAGUCACAAUGGGCACUGCCGAAGAAGUGCCUCUAAAAGAGAAAACGAAAGAAAAAAAGAGAACGUUUAGAGAAAAAAUUCAACAUAUAAAAGAAAAUAUUACUUUAGAACCUGUAUUAGCGUGUUAUGUCGUACCUGGAGUACUGGCCAGGUUAGCAACCCAAAAUCUCAACUUGGACAAAGCAUGCCGAGUCAAUUUGCAAUAUGGAGACAAAAUUUGCGAUGCCUUAAUAGCAAGAGAGGGAGACUACCAGAAAGAGGAAUUGGCUGUUCAAGAAAUAAUAGCGGCCAUGGAGAGCUGGAAGAACGUAUUGCUGACUGCUGUGCCGAGCUUCUUGAUCCUUUUUCUAGGGGCGUGGAGUGAUAGAACAGGCAAGCGUAAGAUAUGUGUGCUCCUUCCGAUUAUUGGAGAAUUGCUCAUGUGUUUGAGUAACAUACUCAAUGCGUAUUACUUCUACGAACUGCGAGUUGAAGUCACUAUGUUCUUUGAAGCGUUCUUUCCUGCUAUAACAGGUGGAUGGAUAGCUACUUACAUGGGUGCUUUUAGUUAUAUAAGUGAUAUAUCAAGUGAAGAAUCCAGGACAUUCAGAGUGGGUAUAGCUAAUCUUUGUCUGACCGCCGGUACUCCAAUAGGAUCAGCUCUGAGCGGAAUUUUGCUAAAGAAAAUUGGUUAUUAUGGAGUGUUCUCAUUAAGUUCCAUUUUGUAUAUAUUUAGUAUUAGUUAUGGGUGGAUUUAUAUUAAGGACCCUGAGAGACCAGUUCCAGAGAAAAUCGAUCAGACAGAAAAAGGCGGAGUAUGGAACUUUCUGAAAACAUUCUUCAAUAUGAAACAUCCUAAAGACACAUUCAACGCUGCAUUCAGAAAAGGACCUAAUCGACGAAGAACUAAAGCUAUUUUGAUAAUGGUGUCGAUUGCCUUCAUAUAUGGACCCGCAUACGGAGAAUACACCAUCCGCUAUCUCUUCACACGAUACCGGUUUAACUGGGAUGCCUUCAAAUACAGCUUGUACAAUACAUUUUAUAUCUGCAUUCAUGCACUUGGUGCACUUCUCUCCAUCAGUAUACUAAGCCGUCGAUGGAAAUGGCACGAUUCAACUCUCGGUCUGGUAUCUGUCAUCAGCAAGAUCAUCGGUUCGAUUGGAAUUGCACUUGCUAAAGAUAGCAAGGGCAUGUAUAUUGCUGUCGCGAUCGAGAUGUUCAACGCUUCGUCCUUCACAGCUCUGCGUUCCAUUUCAUCUAAAUUAGUGACAAGUGAUGAAUUAGGAAAGAUGAUAUCACUGUUCAACCUGAUGGAAGUAGUUACGUCGAUGGUGUUCGGGCCCCUAUAUUCGUGGAUGUAUAUGAUGACCCUAAAGAUAGAUACCAGUUUCGUAUUCUAUAUCAGUAUAAUACUUACUAUACCAACUGUGAUUAUUUUUGGAUGGUUCUUCGUGGACAAUAGGAGAAGUAUACGUCAAAGCAAAAAAGAAACCAAUGAGACAAUAGAAAAGCCAGACGCUACACACACAUCGACCGACACUGCAACAAAAAAUGAAGACUCUCAUCUUACAAACAUUGAUUUAGUUAAUGAAAAUGUAUUAGCAGAGAAUCUUCACCCUUGACCCUAAUUUUAUUUUAAUUUAUAACUCAAAAGAAGAAUGACAUAUUGCCAUCGUAAAUUCUCAAUUUUGUGAUUUCUCUGUAUUAUUAUUUUAAUGAUACAUUACAUAUACAGAAAAAUACAUGGCCAAUAGAAAAUCUGUUCUUGUUGGAAGUCGCUUAAAAAUAGACUGCUGUUUUUAUAACCAUGUAAUGGUUAUAUUUGCAACGAACGGUAAUACGACAAUUUUACUUUUUAUUUUAAAUAUAUAAAAUAAAACAAAUUUAGAACUUAGAUUAAUGUAAUCUUCGCUUCGCUCAGCGGAGACCAAUUUCUUAAUGUAAUAUUUCCUAAUUAAAUUAAGUUUACGCUCAAUUAUAAGUUUAUAGUAUAUUUUAUUACUAAAUAAAUAAAUAUUUACUGUUUUAUUUUUAUAAAAUGCAUAAUUAAAUAUUUUUAAAAGAAAGUUCUCGUAACAUUACAUUGAACAUUGUACUCUUAUUUUAUCUAUUUAAAUUUAUUCAAACAAAAGUAAAGGACUUUAUGGGGAUGCCUUAUACUCAAUAGUGGAUAAUUUAUAUGAUGAUGAUGAUGAUGAUUCCAGAAAAUCCAACUCGAAAUCUGUUGUAUAUUUUAUCUUGAUAUAGGUACCCUUUAGAAUAAGUUACCUAUUUUUAAAUUCUACGCAUACAAAGUUGCGGGCAAAAGAUAGUUUACAAAUUUAAAAUAGACAUCAUUACAACGUA